AUGUAUCUGUGCUGUAAACUUUUCAUUACUGUGGCUAGACAUAGCCAAAUUUCGGGCCGGGCCCAGGUCGUGGGGUUCAAAAUCACCGACCCUCAACCGGCUCGGAAUUACCUCGGGUUGGGCAGGCAUGGAGGACAGAAUAUCCCAACUGCCAAUACCUAUACUCACCAUAUUCUCUGUUUCCUCUCCCAGAAAGAAGCUGCCAGAACAUCUCUCCUCUCCAAACAAUGGCGCCACAUAGGAUCAACCUGCCCCAACCUCGAAUUCUCCGAACAAUGGUUCGACAACGACACACAACAAACCUCUGUCCCCGUCGACGAUCGAAACUACUCCAUACUCCACAAGAUCCUCUAUCUCCUCUCCACACCAUGGCGCCACAUAGGAUCAUCAACUCACUCCAACCUCAAACUGUUCAAGCAAGACUUUGUCUCGGUAGUCAACCGAACCCUACAAGGAUACCUCGAUCAAAACCUCUCCACACACAAGCUUCAUCUCGACUUAUCGAGCCCCGACUCACGACCGGUCGUCUCCCUUCUCGACAAAUGGAUCCCGAUUUUAGCUGCCCUCACCAAUAUAAAAUCGUUCAAACUCGACUUUCUUUCAUAUACUACUCUGGCGCAUUACAACCUGCCCUCGGCAAUGUUCUUAGCUGAGUCCCUCGAAGAAUUACACCUGCGCAAAUGCAGGCUGAGCCCGGUCAAGAGCGUGCGGCUUAAACGUUGUUUGCGCACGCUCACCCUCGAACAGGUCCAAGUUGAUGGCGCCACUUUCGAGAAGAUGAUAACUUCGGGUUGCCCUGUGCUCAGUCGCCUCGUCCUUACUAAUUGUUGUGGGUUGAGAAAUGUUAGGCUAAGCGAGGAGGCAUUGCCUGCUCUCAAGCACUUUGUAUUGUAUAAUUACCAGAUGACCAACGGGGUAUCAUCGAAAUCGACCUCCUGA